CACUUAUAAAUACCUCCACCCCUCAUUAGUGGUCGAGCAAGAUCUGGAGUAAUCUACACACAUUGAUCCAGUUCCAGUUUAGUUGAGUUCAGGCAUGGCCAUGUCAAAGCCUCUGAUUGCUUCGCUUCUACUCAUUUCUCUUCUUCUUCUUCAUCUAGUCGAAGCUGAUCAUGAGUUGGGGAAUGCAAUUUAUCAGGCACCAGCAUAUCCUCCUACUCAGAAGAUCGAUUGCGACGGGGCUUGUAAGGGGAGAUGCCGGUUAACGAAGAGGAAAGAUCUGUGCAAGAGGUUGUGCGGAUCUUGCUGUGGGCGGUGCAACUGUGUUCCUCCGGGCACUUCCGGCAACUACGACGCCUGCUAUUGCUAUGCUCACUUGACUACCCCUGACGGCAGGCGCAAGUGUCCUUGAUUGAUUUCUAUUAUGUUUAUUCCAAGUUUGAAUUUGGGUAAUCAGCCUGUUGUAUCCAAUGAUCAUCAGAUUAGAUCUCCACUCCACUUAAUUACUUUCCAUGCAUAAUAAUUAUCAUCUAGUUCCAUUAAUGUAUUAGAUCUUCACUCCACAUAAUUACUUUCCAUGCAUAAUAAUUAUCAUCUAGUUCCAUUAAUGUGUGCGAGAGGUCUUCAAGUCUCAUGGGUGUUUUUAUUAUCAGAAUUUAUAAGAUAAACUUUUGCUCAA